AUGGUUAGGAUUGUGCCAUGGUGGCAACUUCAAUGGCCCAAUCACAUGCAACCCAUUAACGGGCUUUCGGAUCCAUGUCCGGGUCAUCGUUUUGCUCAUCUCUGUUCCAAAAAAAUUGAACAAUUACUUCCACGUCAAUUUCCUCCCCGCGGACGACUAGGGGAAUCGGCUUCUCCUAAUAAGCAAGCUUUAGAGUCCUCUGCGAGGUCAACCGAAUCGAUGAAGUACCAUAGAUUUUUGUCGAUUCCGGUUCUCGUAGUGCUUGCCACAGUGGGUUCUAUUUACUACGUCACCGUCUUCAUUUUCCUUGAAGAUUGGUUAGGUUUGCAGAGCUCGGCAGGUUCACUCAACGCUCUGAUCUUCACAUUCUUGGCUUCUCUUUGUUUCGUGUCCUUCUUCGCCUGCGUUCUCACAGAUCCAGGCGGCGUCCCGUCUUCCUACGUGCCCGAUGUUGAAGACCAUGCAACUUCAGAUCAACAGCCUAUCAAGACUGGCAUACAGCGGAAGCGCUGUGACAAGUGUUCUGUCUACAAGCCUCCCAGGACUCAUCAUUGCAGGUCUUGUAGAAGGUGUAUUUUGAGGAUGGAUCAUCACUUUAUCUGGAUAAAUAAUUGUGUUGGUCUUAGGAACUACAAGGCCUUCUUUGUGCUGGUGGCAUAUACAACCAUGGCAAGCAUUUAUUCAUCGGUAGCUGUGCUGUUCGCAAGGAAUGGAAUCCAUGGAAAGCCCACGAAACCCUUCUUCUUAAACUCUUUUACUCUCUUGUUUGGCUUACAAUCCAUGAUUCUCUCAGGAGUGGUAGUUGUUGGCUUAAGCAUGACGCUGGGAACUCUCUUCUGCUGGCAUGUCUACCUUGUUGUUCAUAAUAUGACUACGAUAGAGCAUUAUGAGGCAAUAAGAGCAGCAUGGUUGGCUAAGAAAUCUGGUCAAAGCUAUCAUCAUCCUUUUGAUGUUGGAGCCUACAAGAACCUUACUUUGGUAUUAGGUCCAAACAUGCUGAAAUGGCUGUGUCCUACUGCAGUCAGCCAUAUAAAAGAUGGGAUUACUUUUCCCACUGCACAUUUUCCACGUUAA